AUGCAAAAGGAACGCGACUCGACAGGGAGGUUCGUGGUGGUGGACAAAAGUGCGGCGAACUACGAAGCCCUGAUUGAGGAGGAAAUGAACAAAGUGUACGAGAGGGUAAAGAAAUUAGAUGCUAAUCAGGAAGAAUUCUUGCAGGCUUUUCACGAAAUCCUCUACUCGCUCAAACCGCUCUUUAUGGAAGAACCGAAAUAUUUGCCCAUCAUUGAAAUGCUAUCAGAGCCUGAACGUGUUGUCCAGUUUCGUGUGUGCUGGAUGGACGAUAAUGGCAUCCAACGCAAAAACAGAUGCUUCAGAGUUCAAUACAGUUCCGUCCUCGGACCAUACAAAGGAGGACUUCGUUUCCACCCUACUGUAAAUUUAUCCAUUGUGAAAUUCUUAGGGUUUGAGCAAAUUUUUAAAAAUUCUUUAACGGGUCUUUCCAUGGGAGGGGGAAAAGGUGGUUCCGAUUUUGACCCCAAGGGGAAAUCAGAUAGCGAAAUUAUGAAGUUCUGCCAAGGAUUUAUGAAUGAGCUGUACAGGCACAUUGGUCCGAACACAGAUGUGCCUGCAGGGGAUAUCGGUGUUGGAGGAAGAGAAAUUGGCUACCUAUUCGGCCAGUAUAAAAAGAUAGCGAAUAAUUUUAAUGGUACUUUAACAGGAAAGAACGUCAAAUGGGGAGGAUCCAACUUAAGAACGGAAGCGACAGGAUACGGAUUAGUCUAUUUCGUUUUGGAGGUUUUAAAAUCGCUAAACAUUCCAAUAGAAAAACAAACAGCAGUAGUUAGUGGAAGCGGAAAUGUAGCCCUCUACUGUGUUCAGAAAUUGUUACAACUCAAUGUAAAGGUAUUAACCCUAAGUGACAGUGACGGGUACAUAUUGGAACCAAACGGAUUCACAAAUAGCGAUCUGAAUUUUAUUAUAGAUUUGAAGGAAGUGAAAAAAGGAAGAAUCAAAGAUUAUUUGAAGCAUUCUUCAACAGCCACUUAUUUCCCAAAUGAGACACCUUGGAGUGUUCCAUGUACUUUGGCUUUCCCUUGUGCUACCCAGAAUGAAAUAAAUCUUGAGGAUGCCAAGAAAUUACAUAAAAAUGGAUGUCUUCUAAUCGGUGAAGGAGCAAAUAUGCCAUCCACUGUAGAAGCCAUUAAUUAUUUUAAGUCAAAUAAAAUUAUUUUCUGUCCUUCUAAGGCUGCCAAUGCUGGGGGCGUAGCCAUUAGUGGACUUGAAAUGGCGCAGAAUUUUCAGUUCACCAAAUGGACCAUGGAAGACGUAGAUCAGAAGCUCCAAGAAAUUAUGAAAAAUAUUUUCGUAGCAUGUUCGGAAAAUGCCUUCAAGUAUACAAAGGAUAAGUACGACUUGCAAGCGGGAGCAAACAUUGCUGGUUUUUUGAAGGUUGCGGAGUCCUACAUCGAGCAGGGUUGCUUCUAG